GAAAUUCAGUCGUUUUAUGACUUUUGAGAAGUAAACAAGAGCUGAGAAAUAUAAUAUACAUACUUACUUGAUAUAGAAUAAUUAAUUUUACCCAUAACUCGAAUUAUUUUUAGUACAUAUAUGAAAAUUUAAAUAUUAAUAAAUAUAUAAACAGAAAUCAGCCAACGCAUUUCAAUUAUUACAAUGGAUUACAGACUAACUCCCACUGUUGUGCCCGCCGCCCCAUUCGAUGCCUCCGCAGAUGCACAGGCGUUACGAGCCGCCAUGAAAGGUUUCGGAACGGAUGAGGAGGAAAUCAUCAACUUACUCACUGCUCGUUCGAAUGCACAGAGACAACAAAUUAAGGCACGGUUUGAAACAGAAUUCGGGCGUGACUUAAUCGAUGACUUGAAGAGUGAACUGAGUGGUAAAUUCGAAGACGUGAUCGUUGCAUUAAUGAUGCCGCCAAUAGAGUAUUUAUGUAAGCAGCUGCAUAAGGCAAUGGCCGGCAUGGGCACAGAUGAAGACACACUUGUCGAAAUACUUUGCACAAAAACAAAUGAAGAAAUGCGUGAAAUUGUGGCAGCUUAUGAGGCAAAAUACGAUCGCCCCUUGGCGGAGCAAAUGUGUAGUGAAACGUCUGGCUUCUUUCGACGUCUGUUGACAUUGAUUGUGACAGGCGUGCGUGAUCCGGUGGGUACUGUGGAUCCAAAUAAAGCGCGCGAGGAUGCUGAAGCGCUUUAUGCGGCGGGUGAAGGACAACUCGGCACUGACGAAGGGGUAUUCAAUCGUAUUAUGUCGCACAGCAGCUUCGCGCAAUUACGGCUCAUCUUCGACGAAUACAAAGAGCUCUCCGGUCAGACCAUUGAACAAGCGAUUAAGCAUGAGAUGAGUGGAUCACUGCACGAUGCAAUGAUUGCAAUUGUUGAAUGCGUUCAAUCACCCGCCACGUUUUUCGCCAAUCGCCUAUACCAAGCCAUGGAUGGUGCCGGUACAAAUGAUGCUACUCUCAUUCGCAUAAUUGUCAGUCGUUCUGAAAUUGAUUUGGGUACCAUUAAAGAUGAGUUUGAGCGCAUUUACAAUCGUACCUUGUACAGUGCCGUUAAGUCGGAGACUUCUGGGGACUACAAAAGAGCCUUGUGUGCGAUUCUGGGUGGAGUUUAAGUGACGGUGACAUUUCUUUAAAUUCUUCGAGAAAAUAUUAUAGAAGUCAAAUAUAUUACAGACCCGCCAGGAUGAAUUCGUGGCGUCCGCUCCGAUAAGGUGUUCGACUAAUAUAUUGUGUAAAACACAAAAUAAUGCCACAAUAAAAGUGUUCUUAUAUAUAAACAAAUCAGCUGUUCUGUUGUUGUUCUUGUGGCAGCAUAAACAUUCCUCAUACAUGUACGGGGAAUACUGCUGGAGUGACAGUUCUUGGCCGGAUAUAAAUCCGGGUCGUUCCGGUAAUGUAGAACUGACUGUCGAGGGAACCGCUGUUCUGUAUUGUAGGUUGCCUACAUUGUUUUUGUGCCAAACGUAUGGCAAAGUAGAGAGUUGACUUUGUCCAAUCCAAAAAGAUAUACAGCACGAACGUGGAACAUCCAUGGAGUCUCUAUAUAACAUAAAUACAGACAAUCAGAUCGGCUGUCGCAGCGGACACCACCGACUCAUUCUGGCGGUCCUAUUAAAGUAGAAAAUCUGUAAACUUCAAAAUAUAAAAUAAUAAUGUUGUAGUUUUU